AGAAAAGUUGGAGCACGAUUACUGAAAUACCAUCGUCAAAUCAAAAUAUUACAUCAGUAGUUCUGGAUCCAAAUCCUCUUUCGUAGUUCGUAUUAGACAGUGUCUGGCACAUUCGGAAACGGCAGCGUUUUCUACUCUCCUUCCGUGCACGCUGGCGUGAGAUCCAUUCUGCCACCGGCGAUCUCACCUCCACCGGCGCUUCCCGCAUUUAAAUUGAUUAACCGCCGUUUAUUUGCUGAAAUCUCUUCCACUUUCAUUCUGCAGAACUGGUUCCCCACAAUCAGCUUAUGCUGGUAAGAUUUGUGUUGCAAGAGGUUGAUUGCAUCAGGUGAAGGGGAUACUGGUGGAAUGAUGGAUACUCACGCAGAAGAUUCUGCUAGACCUGAGGAGAAUUUGCCUGAUGUGACUCAUCAUAAUGAAGAUGGAAGCAACAGAAAUCUUAUAUUGGAAAAUGGUUUGUCUGAUAGCGAUCAAGGUCCUGCUGAUACUCACGAUCAGCUUUUACAAAUGGUUAUGGACCUCAGGUUUCAGAAUGACUUCUUGAAGUCCCAGUUUGAGGGAUUUAAAAAUGUAGACAGUGUACCUAGUGACUCUAGUAUACAGAAAGGAGUUGGUGGCUCUGAAGAUGGGGAAUCUGAUAUUGUGAAAGAAUUAAAGGAAAAGAUACAAUUGUUAAAUAAAGAAUUUCUGGAAGAAAAACAAACAAGAAUUGCAUCAGAAGAGGCCUUGAAGCAUCUUCAAACGGCUUACUCGGAGGCAGAAGCAAAGGCCCAAGAGCUCUCUGAAAAGCUUGCAGAAGCUCGAACGAAGUUAGACCAAGAAGUAAAAGAGCGUGAAGAGAAGUACUCUGAACUUGACUCCAAGUUUAAUAGGCUUCACAAACGAGCAAAACAGCGCAUUCAAGAAGUUCAAAAGGAAAAAGAUGAUCUUGAGGCCCGCUUCUCUGAGGUAAAUGAAAUUGCAGAGCGAGCAUCAUCCCAACAGUCAGCAUUGCAACAAGAAUUAGAGCGCACUAGGAAGCAAGCAAAUGAGGCAUUGAAAGCCAUGGAUAGUGAUAGACAACAACUAAGAAGUGCAAACAACAAUCUUCGAGAUACCAUUGAAGAUUUAAGGCGUUCAUUGCAACCUAAAGAGAAUGCUAUUGAGGCAUUGCAACAGUCAAUUGCAGAAAAGGAACAGAUGUUGGAAGAUAUGAGAGGGUUGCUUCAGGCUGCUGAAGAAAAAAGGCAAGCUGCUCUAGCUGAGCUCUCAGCUAAACAUCAAAAGAAUAUCGAGAGUUUGGAGGCUCAAAUUAAUGAUGCAUUGUCCGACAGAAGUAAGGCAACUGAAUCCAUUUCUUCACUGCAGGUUCUAGUUGCAGAAAAAGAAUCCAGAAUUGCAGAGAUGGAAGCAGCAUCAACAGGAGAAGCCGCACGACUCAGAGCAGCUGUGGAAAGUGUGAAAGGGGAGCUUUCUCACAUAAAAGAGGAGCAUGAAAACGAAAGGGAAAGCUGGGAGACUGCAACUCAGGCACUUAAAGCAAAACUUGAAAUUGCAGAGAGCAACUGCAUACGUGCAGAAGUUGAAGUAGCAAAAAUAAGAAGUCAGCUGGAAUCAGAGGUAUCCACACAAACAAGAAUCCUCAAUAUGAGAGAUGCUGAAUUGUUGGCUGCCAAAGAAGAGAUCAGCUCUCUUGAGAAGGAAUUUUCUUCAUACAAAGUUCGUGCACAUGCACUUCUUCAAAAGAAGGAUGCUGAACUGGCUGCUGCUAAAGAUUCUGAACAACUCAAAGAUCUAGAGGAAACUCUGAAAGAGGUGGAAAAUGAAGUAUUAUCAAUAACAGAAGAAAGGGAUAGAGUUCUUCAAGAUCUUCAAUCUGCUAUGGCUAAUCAUGAGAAAGAGCUUGCAGAAAGAGACACAGCCCUUGAAAAUGUCAAGCAACAGAUAAGGAGCUUAGAAAUAAAGCUUGACUCAGCUAAUGCUAAACACCUAAAAGAGAAAGAGGAAUGGGGACUAAGUCUUCAAAAUGUACAAGAAACAUGGAGAAUCAGAUGCGAGGCAAUGAAGGCUGAAAAUGAAGCAACUGCUACAAAAGAUAUGCAAAAGGAAUUGGAAGAGCUCAAACAGCGAUGUAAAAAACUGAAGGAAGAGCAUGCUUCAUUUCAUGAUCUUGCGGAUAGAAUGAUUGAGGAGAAAGACUAUGAAAUAUCCAGACUUUUAGAUGAAAAUAAGAAUCUUCGUCAGUCUCUUCAAUCAAGACCAUCAGUCGAUCAGAAUGAUAAUUAUACAACAGCCUUGCAUAAAUUGGAUGCAACAAAUUUAAGCCCCUCCGAAGCAGAGCAGCAAAUUCUGAUUUUGGCUAGACAACAAGCCCAAAGAGAGGAAGAGCUAGCACAGUCACAGCGCCAUAUUUUAGCUCUUCAAGAAGAAAUUGAGGAGCUUGAACGUGAGAAUCGUCUCCACAGCCAACAGGAGGCAAUGUUAAAGGAUGAGCUUCGCAAUAUGGAAAGAUCAAAGAAAAGGGAAGGUGUUGAUAUGACAUAUUUGAAAAAUGUUAUCUUAAAGCUGCUUGAGACUGGUGAAGUUGAGGUAUUGCUACCAGUUAUUGGAAUGCUGCUUCAGUUUAGUCCAGAAGAGAUACAGAAGUGUCAACAGGCAUAUCACAACUCAACAGAUGUUCCACCAAAUCCUGCAAGCGAUACUUCAGGAUCUGGCCUAUCGCUUUUCUCAAGAUUCACAUUUUCUUAGUGGCAUAAAUGGGAGUGCUGGCGAAUUUUGUUGUUUCUGUUAGAAUGUCUGCUUCUGCCAUCCAGCUCAAGGAGUAUGUUUAUUUAGUCACUGUUACUGAGAAAGCAGGUUUGUAUCUGUAAAUUAAAAAGGGGGGAGGGCGGGGGUGGGUCUUGGUUACAACAGUUAUUGUUCCAUGCAAGCGUUUGUAAGCUGACGAGCUGUAAAGAAACAUCAAGGGUAAUAUACAACAAAUAUCACCACAGGGAGGGAGAAUUCACGGGAUAUUCUGCCUGUAUUUAGCCAACGAUAUAGUUCAUUUUUUACCAUUGAAUAUGUCGAGUCACAAAAUAUUGCUGGAAAAUUGUAUCACAUCUUUAUAUGAUUUUUCAAUUUGCAAUGCCAAAGGAAUAAGAAGUGUCCUUUUGAGUUCAUGCUUGCUAAUAA